GAUCGACAUCGGUAUAUUUUAAAUGACACAGUGAGAGCGGAAAUUUCGUACUUCCGAUUUCGCCGUUGCUAAGGGGCAGUGGAAACGUAAGUGCGGCAUACAUAACUAGUUUCGAAUCAGUGUUCUUUGAAGUAACUGGCAAGGUGUUUCAUAGUGUAGGGAGAACAUAAUAUUCUUGACUAGAAUAUACAGUGUGGUCUGAACAUGAUAUGCUGCUUAAUAACAAUCGCCGUUGCUACGAAUAAACCGAUUGGGAUGAUACAGUUGACCGACCGCAAUUACAUCAGCAUGAAAAGAUUUUUAUGGAAGAACCGUUGUUCGGUGACAGUAAGGUUAUCCAUUUAGGUGAUACACGAUUGUAAAAGCGACGGGCAAGUGAUGUUUCGCUCUUAAACAACUUCAUUGAAUUGUUAUAAAAGUGACUAUUCUGGUAAAAAUGUCUGUUCGUGUAAUCUGAAGAAGAGCAGAGACAAUUCAGAGAGCUGUGUAUGAAAAAUAUUAUUAGUAAAAUAAAGGCUAACUGUAAGAUUGGAAGACGUGCCUUUGGAAAACAAAAGCAUCAUCUUUGUGAGAAACAUUGUUGGACGUUUCCGUGGAGCAGAGCCGACGCGUUGAUCGAACGGAGCGCACGAGGAUCUCGCUCCCGCCAAAAGAGGGCGGACGUCGCGUCGUGGCGCGGCGCGGAGCUGCGCAGCCAGUUGGCUGGAGUACGAGAGCGGUUGGGGGGAGGCCUUCAUUGAUCAGCGGCCGGCGGAGAAGAGGAGCUGCGGGGCGCUCCGCUCAGUCGGGCAGUGGUGCGGCAGCGGUGCGCGUGGGGCAUGUGACGCACGGCGCGGGCGUGCGGUGUGCGGUCGAGAGGGAGCAGGCGAGUGCGGGCGUGCGUGCGUCGAUAGCGGAGACCAGAGAGCGAUAAUGCCGCCGUCUGCGGGCGGUCUCGGACUCCUCCUGGCACUGGUGGCGGCGGCUGCGACGACGACGACGACGACUGCGGCAGCGACUCGAAGCGGAGGAAAGCGCAGCAGCGGGCGGUCAUGUCGUACGGCGCCCCCUCCAAUCUGAGCGGGGGCGGCGGAUACGGCGCUGGAGGAGGCAGCGGAGCAGUCGGUGCCGGCGGGAACCGAUCGCCGCGGAGCUCGCGCCGGCUGGCCGGCGAACUGCCCACCGUAGACCGGUCGCCGUCGCGCUCCAACUACGGCCUGAGCGGCGGCGGCGCCACACGGGGCAGCCCUCUGGGGAGCCGCAAGGGCGCGCGCUCCCCACCCCCGUCGGCGGCGGACGCGCAGCAUGCGCAGCAGCAGCAACAGUACCAGCAGCAGCAGCAGUACCAUUCGGCAGCGUCAGCGUCCGCCGGCUACAUGGGCUCGCCGUACUACGCGACGCGCGACGACGAGCUAGGCUCGCCGGUGAUGAUGGACGAGCGCGGCCGCGGCCACCACCGGUCGCGCUCCGCCUCGCGGCCCGCCAUGGGGGGCGGCGGGGGUGGCGGCGGCACGCGCUACCAGUCGCUGGAUCGCAGCGGGUUGGGCGGCGACGCGCACGAGCGCGAGUUCGUGCCCAUCCGGGAGCCGCGCGAGCGCUCGCUGGACCGCGGCAUGGGCACCGGCCGCGACCGCUCGCUCGACCGCGGGGGCGGCCUCUACCUGGACGACGACCUGUACGGCGGCGGCGGGGGCGGCAGCCGGUCGGCGCGCCAGUCGCCCAACCCGCACAUGAUGGCCUCGGGCGGCAGCGGCCGCGACAUCGUCGCCGAGCUGCAGCAGCAGAACAGCGACCUGCAGCGCGAGCUCGCCAACUUCAAGAAGGAGCUCGAGCUCACCAACCAGAAGCUCGGCUCCAGCAUGCACAGCAUCAAGACCUUCUGGAGUCCCGAGCUCAAGAAGGAGCGCGCCCUACGCAAGGAGGAGUCGGCCAAGUACAGCCUCAUCAACGACCAACUCAAGCUGCUCAACUCCGAAAAUCAGGUAAGGAGGAUGCCUAAGGUUUCUUGCAGCUUCAUUCAGAGCAAAAGUAAGUAUAAUUCGGGGAAGACUACUUACUUUCUCCGUGUUAUUUGGAGGUACAUAACAUAAUUCACUUAAUGACGCCAGCAGGGCAGCAGGUUACAGUUUUGUGUCGAUAUUUUCAUCUUAAGUUCACAUUUCAAUCAAUCAUUGUAGGUAAUAAUUAAGAGAUAUCGCUGUGAAGAAAUCGGAAUUAGUUAUAACAGUAGGAGCUACUGAAAUUGGAAAGUUAUUUGGUCCAAUAUAGGGAGUUCACGAAACGAGAGCUGUGCCACCACAGUUCAGAACAGCAGUGUCGUGUCAUCGAGCUAGCAAGUAAUGUGCAAGCUAACGCGUAGUCACUCUUGACAUCUCGGUUUUUAAAUUGGUGAAUGGAAUCAUCUAUGAAAAAGAAAGAAAAGCAAAGAAAAAUGGAUCAGAAAUUUAUGUGAGUAGUAAUUUUCCGCAGUAUCUGUAUCAAUUGCAUCCUCGUUUAUAAUGAAAUAAACUGCCUUUUGCGUGCCGAAGUGUGGGUAGUUUUAAGUCGGGUGCCUUUAACACUCUAUUUAAAAUAACUUUUUUGAUGUAUUUAGUCUGCGCGCUUGCCAACUUUUUUCGAGUAUAUAAUGUGCGAUGCAACAGCGGCUAUAGGAGUACCAAGGGAUGCUAUUGUAGUUGUCUUGUACCAUUAGCGUACGCAAUCAAGCGCUCGUUUACGAGGGCCCCGCGGUAUCGUAAAUGUUUAUCUGCUGUCUAACGCAAUCAACGUUUUGUUAUCUCGCCACGUUACUGUUCCCGACUUGUAAUUAGGUUGCAAAAGCACACUUGUCGUUUCCUCGCCGUACUUAAAUUUCGCAUCUGGUGUAACCCAGGCAAUAACAGGGGUCGACAGUGAGGAACUGAAAGGAAUGUUGUUAGUAUCCUGUAAAUUUCAAACGAGUUAAAGUUGUUGAUUACCUUUGCCUCGUAGGUGCUCGAAUUUCGGAUCAUGGGCUUUCGGUUUAAAUCAAGUUAGUAACUUAAAAUUCACUACUUACUGCAAAUUAAACGGCUCACUGGCAUUCAGCAUGAUUUAUCGAACUCACGUCCCUUUCGAUGGCUGGAAUGGAACGUAUCUCCGUCUCUCAUUAUAGAGUCCACUUCAGUGACAUCACAUUCGCUGUGGUAUCUCUUUUCAAUUAAUAGAUUAAUACCAUCCUAAAAUGUGAAAUGUUACUGUUCUUUUGGUUGUUCGAUUGGGCCUUGCAGUGUCAAGGAUGCCUAUAAACACACAAGCCAUCCGAAUUUUGUAAAUAACGUCACUGUGUAUCGCACUUUCAGCCUUCCAGCGUGCUGUUACUGACCACCUCUGUUCCUGUAGUUUUACGCGCAGGAAGUGUAACUAAAUAUUUUACAAACUGUGAAAAAUGUUAUUUAAGUUUGUAAGUGAUGAAACAGAAUUCUAGCCUAUGGCAUUUUCUUUUUAUCUCACGAUGUAUAGCCCACCUUACUGUAGAACUUUUGUAACUCCCUGAUCGUAGUGUUUCUGGAAUCAAGACAAUUUUUUUCAGCCAUUGAGACUCCAGCAUAGCGGUAGUGUGUGUUUGCUCUGAUUAUUGAACCUAAAUGUCUCAGUGAACUGGCAAUAGAGAAAAUAGUUUCGUGAGCUAAUCGACCUGCAAGCAGAAUCUAUGUAUACACAAAACAGUGUUUCUGUCGGCAUAAUUCUCCCACGUUAAACUCUCUGUGUCAAAAUGACUUUGUGCCGUAACAUAUCUUGUAGGUUCCCUAGUACGUUAGAACCAUAUUAGUACAGGCAUUUGUGCAUUAAAACAGAAAAAGAAUAAUUGUCCGAAUACUUUUUGUGAAGUGUCAGGAUACUUGUGCGUCUAAAAUGGACGGCUGUGUCUCGUAUUAGGAUCAAAUACGAGGAGUAUUCGGAAAGUAAGAGCCAUUUGUUGAUAUAUAAUUUUUGCUAGCUCAGAAAAAGUUACAGGGUGCAGCGUCACCUAAUAAUCGUUUACGAAGCCACAGAAGUCAUUGUCUUAAUGAAUUAGUUGUGUUACUGGCUGGAAACACAAAAGAAAAAAACAAAGUUCGUAAAUCUUUGCUCUCGACUGUUGCCGAGGCCGUGCUGUAAUUUGAUUUUUGUAUGCAAAAGUAAUUACUGUUGUUCAAAUGAAUCCGGACUUGUGCUUAGUUCGUGGACCUACAGUGAUGCGUGGAUGAACUGUUGGAAAAUGGAGUCAAGACUUUAAAAGAGGCCGUGUAAACGUACACGUUGGAGAGAGGAGUGGCAGACCCAGAAUGCAGAUGGAUGAAACUGCGAUACGAGUGGGCCAGAAACUUCGGUCAGAUCGACGAUUGGUGCUGGAGAUGAUGAAGUUUUUCGUGUUGGACGCACCACUAUUUACACUACUGUCAUGGAAAAGCCGAGAUUUACCAAAUGGUGUAGGAAAUGGAUACUGAAAAUGCUAACCAGUCAACAUAAAAAGCAAGGGGGCGAUCGUUUUCGGCGAUGCACUCUACACCUCCGACUGAAGCAGUGCCUUGUUAGGCAGUAGUUUCAUAAUGACGAAGA